AUGGGAUCGGCAGGAAUUCAGAUCGUAUGUGUGGGUCUGUCCAUUUUGGGGCUGAUCGCUGCCAUUGUGACCUGUGUACUACCCAGCUGGAAGGUUUCCUCCUUCACAGGGCAGAACAUCAUCACAGCCCAGGUGCAACAGGAAGGCCUUUGGAUGGAGUGUGUAACCCAGAGCACAGGUCAGCAGCAGUGCAAGGCUUACGAGUCUCUGCUGAUCCUGCCCUCGGACCUGCAGGCAGCUCGUGCAAUGACCAUCAUCUGCUGCAUGGUCACGGUGCUGGCCCUGUUGGCUCUGUUUGCUGGUGCUGAUUUUACCACGUGCAUUGACAACGAAGAAGCCAAACCUAAGGUGUGCUUGGUGGCGGGCAUCGGCCUGAUCAUCGGAGGCCUGCUGCUCAUCGUCCCCGUCAGCUGGUCGGCCAGCAAUACCGUGAGCAACUUCAACAACCAGUUUGUAAACCCAACACAACGCAGAGAGCUUGGCCCGUGCAUCUUCAUCGGCUGGGCCGGAGGAGUGCUCCUGCUGCUGGCCGGAGGACUGCUCUGCUGCUUCAGCCGCCCCAGAUCUGGUGGAUCCGGAGGCACCGCCAAGUACUACAGCAACAGCGCCUCCGCACCAGCUAAAAACUACGUCUAG